AUGGACGCUCCUGUUCUCACUACCGCCACAUCCACAGCUGAAGAUUACCGAAAGCUCUACCGACACUACAUCUCAUCCAUCCAACCAGACCAAAGCUCCACCGACCUCUCAAUCCUCGACGCCCUCAUCCACCCCAAAGUAAUCCACAACUCCCUCCCCCUCGGCCUCCCCGGCUACAAAUCCCUCAUCCACACCAACAUCAUCUCCACGGGCACGCGGAUAAAAAUCUCAAACCUCCUCGUCGAUGUUGAAGAGCGAACGGUAUGCGCGAGGUUUGAUGGGGAUGAGGAUGACACGGAUGGGAGGUUGAAGAUUGGGGAGGUUUGGAGUGUUGUUGAUGAGGGGAGUUUGAGGAGGAAUGCGGUGGAGGGGGGAUGA